AUGGAUUUAAAUUCCGCUACUGAAUAUGUGGAAGAUUUAGUUAGAAGAUUGUCAUGUAAUAGUUACACCUUGAAUCAAAUUAAUAAUGUUAAAAAUAAAUUUCCAAAUCCAAAUAACAACAAUUUAUUACUUGAAAUUAAAAAUUCAUUAGAAAAUUUUAAAGAUGUAAGUUCUUUGGAAAUUAUUUAUAUUAUAUUCAAUGAUAUUGUGAAUGAAGGAACAAAUUAUACGGUUAAUGAAAGAGAAUUAGUAUUAUUUUAUUGUUUAUCACGGGAUGGUUCAAUGAAAAAAGCAUGCGAAGAGUUAAAAUCAAAAUACUUUGGAAGCAGAAGAAGUGCUGAUUCACCCCGCACCGUAUACAAAAGACUAAUGUUAGAAUUAAAAGAGAGAAAUUAUUCAUCAGAUCAAAUUGAACAGGUCAGAAAAGAAUUUGAAAAUAUAAAAGAUGCGGAUUUGUUAUCUGAAUUUAGGUACAAUAUUAAUAAAUUUGUAAAUUUAAGUGUUUAUGAUAUUACUUAUAUUUAUUUUCAAUUGGUAAAAAAUAGCUCAAAAGAAAACAGACAUUAUUCCUGUCAUGAAAUAUUAUCAGUAGUGUAUGAAGUGUCUAAAAAUGGUUCAUUGCCAGAUACUUUUAAAUCUUUGAGUGAAACUCAAUUUGAUGAAAGAACUCCAAAGGCGCUUAAGUCUUUAUAUGAUAGAACAAUGGCUGCAUUAGAUGAUAAAUUAUAUACGGAAGAUCAAUUACAAUUUGUUAAAAAUAAUUUUAAAGAUUCUACACCAGAUACAAUAUUAAAAGAUAUUGAAUCCAAAAAGGAAAGUCUACAAGAUUUAGACACUUUGGAUGUUGUUUAUCUUUUCUUCACCAAAUUGAGAAUUGAAUCGAUCAAAAAUACUGCUGAUAAUGAUAAUGAAGAAGAAUUAGUAUUGUUGUAUGGAUUAAAUAGAUCAGUUUCAGUCUUAAAAGCUAUGAAUAAAUUGAAAAGUGAUUAUUCACUCAGCAGAAAUGAUGGUGACUUAGUAAAUUGCUUUAAGGGUUUAAAUAAAAAAUUUAAAAAUAAAACUUAUUCAACUGAUCAAGUUUCAAAAGUUAAAAAGGUAUUUGAAAAUUUGGGGUCAGAUAAUGUUAUUGAAGAAAUAAAAUCUAAGAUCAAAGAAUUUAAUGGGUUAAGCAUUAUUGACAUUAUUUAUAUUAAGUACCAAAAGCCGUUAAAUUGGAGACCUGUUUAUGAAACUAAGAAAAGAAUUGAAAGUGGAGCUGGUAGUAAAUCGAAUAAAAAAAGAAAGACUUCCACCAAUUAUGACUGUAAUGAAUCAGGAGGAUUAAGACGUUCUUCAAGAUUAGCGGAUCAAAGAAAUUCAAAAUCUUUAAAACGUUCAAGAACAGAUGAUGUUGAUGAAGAUGUUGUUGCUGAUGAAGAAGUUGAUGUUGUUGUUGAUGAAGAAGAAGAAGGAGAAGAUGAUGAUGUUGAUGAAGAAGAAGAAGAAGAAGUUGGUGAUGUUAAUGUUGAUGAUGAAGAUUAUGCUGGUGAUAGUGGUGAUGAUUUAUGA